CGUAAUCCUCUCUGUUUCAGUAUGGCAGGCAGGCCCUUAUCUAGAGGUCUCUGUAAAUAAAGACGUUUACACGGCGAAUUCAGAGCUAACAGUCGUGUAUAUCUAGUGAUCGAUGAUCGCUAGCCGUUAAGUGUUUCGGAGAUCCUCUCAUGGGAAUGUCCGGAGAGACGGACGCUCGGUUAAUAUGAUUUCAGAUACUUUGGAUGUUUUACUGAUUCAAGGAAAGAAACUCUGCGCUAUGAACCGGCAGUGAACGCCAGUUGUGUUACUUUAUAAACGCAUGUGCACCAGAGCGAUGGAGAGCGACUGUAGGAUCCCUAUGGCAUGUCUGAGACCCCGAAUACUGGCCCUUCAUGCUUUAUUUUGGGGCUUAGUGUCUCUUAGAGUGUUUGGAGCAGCUCUUCUUAGUGAUGAGAAGGCAGCAGUUGCAGUGACAAAGGCCAUGACGGCACCAUGCUGGCAGCUGGAGGAGUUUGUGGUGGCUAAAGAGUGCAGUGCAUGUGAAGGUUUACAAUCGAAAACUAUACCUGCCUGUGGCCAAACAGGAUUUGUAGAAAAGAUCAACUGCACUAAAUCCAACAGAGAUGAAUACAAAAGCUGUCGGUCAACCAAAAUGGAGGAGCAUCUCUUUUGGAAAUUUGAGGGCGCAAUGCUGGCUCUCACUGUUGUCUUUGCAAUAGUAGUGGUCGCUAGGCAACAUUCACUUGACCGCCAAGCCUCGGACAAGGUUCGGCGACAGAUAGAAUCUAUUUAGUAGACCAGACUGUUCUAAAAGUUAAUGGGCCUGUGGCCUGGUGUUAUAAACUCUCAGCAAUGGGCAUAACCCCACAGUCCAUGGAAGCUUCCAGACUUUAUCACUGGUUUAAUCUUACUGGACGCACAAAGACAGAGCUCUGAACGGGCACAAUGUGCUCUAAGUUGCUCUCCAGACUGACUUGUGGAUGCUGCCUCUGUGCAGGAUUAAACUAACUAGAUGUGAAUCUCAAGACCAUCCCAUCAAAUCAGCAAACAUUAUGCAAGACAGGAGUCUAGUCCCUAUUUUGUAACAGAAGAUGUACAGCUCUGCGUAUACCUGUUCUUUCAAAUGCUGUGAAGGUGGUGUGUGUAGAACAAAAUAUGGGUGUGUGUGUUGCAUGUUUUCAAUAAUCCAAAAGCACAUCAAGUAUUUGGUCAAGCUGAGAUUGAACUGUAUGGUCAAAGUCUUGAAAGAAGACACGGUUUUGUGUUUCAUCACAAUGUUAGACGGUGUGUUUCAGUGAAUAACAAAGUUUUGGGGUUUGUUCAUUUGGCUUCAUUCAUUUUGGGAUGUGCUACCAUUUAUAAAAUCACUGAUGUCUUUUCCUGACUUUUUUUCAAACUGACACAUUCGUACAUCCAUUAACAUUGACAUGUUUCUUCCAGAAAUAUUAACAGUAAUUUAAUUAAUCUUAUUUGUGCAGUUGCUGUUUGUUAAACCUUUAUUUUCAGUAUAUACUUUUAAAGUGUUUUCAACAUGUUCUUUAGAGACUCGUAGGUGUUCUUUAUUACAGUUUUUUUUUUUUUUUUUUUUUUUCUUCUAUUCAUGGUGUUUACUUUCAGUCUUUGCCCUCCUGAGUAAAAAGAAUUAUUUUAUGUAAAAUUAUGUGAGCGAACGUCUUGGUUCAUAAUGUCAGUCUCAAAAAUACCAGCUCUGUACUCAUAUCUGACUGAUAUAUGCAAGACUGCAUUGUAGUGUACGUUAAAGCUGCUUGACUUGAAUUGAAAAGGAUAAGAUGUAUUGAAAUCAACCCAGUUUUUUUUUCUCUUUAUUUUUUUUUAAGCACUUCACAAAAUUGACAAAAUAAUGCCUUUGUGUUAAGGCUGAUUGGUGGGGGUUUUUUUUCCCCCUCAACUCCACAAGUUAAAAAGGAAGCCAUGUGGAUUUGGUUAAGUGUUGUCCCAUAGCUAGUUUUAUUGAUCUACUUAAAAUAUAAAAGGUGUAUUUUUAUGAAAGAUGAGUGACAUUUCCUGUCCUCUGUUGAUAAUGAACUGAGGAAUAAAUGGGAUAAAGGAAU